GUGUGCAGCGAGAGGCCCGGCAUACAGAUCAGCUGCUUGCAGGCGAAACUCAUGGCCACUUUCGACGACAUCUUGGAGGAAGCGGGGAAGUUCGGGCGCUGCCAGAAGCGCGUCUUUGCCCUGCUGUGCAUGGUGUCCAUGCCGUGGGCCGGCGUGUACGUGGGCAUCGUGUUCCAGGGCUUCACCCCGGAUCACUGGUGCCGGGACUCGGCGGCGGUGCAGCGGAGGGAGGCCUGCGGAUGAAGCCGGGAGGAGAGUCGCAGCCUGACGGCGCCGCUGCUCAACAUCAGCGGCGCUCUGCAGCGCAGCAGCUGCUUGCGCUACGAAGUGGACUGGAACGAAACGGAGAGCAGCUGCGAUCCACGGGAGACGCACCGGAGCGCAACACCCACGGCCGGCUGCAGCGAGGGCUGGGAGUACGACUAUGACGGGAGGAAGUCCUUCGUCACCGAGUUUGACCUGGUGUGUUCAGACGGGUGGCUGGUGGAUCUGUACCAGGCCACGCUGAACGUUGGCUUCCUGAUCGGCAGCAUCGCCAUCGGCUACCUGGCCGACAGGUUUGGGAGGAAACUGAGCUUCCUGAUGUCCAACGUGCUGAACGGGAUCGCCGGCAUCCUGGUUGCUGUGGCUCCCAACUACAUUUCUUUACUGGUUUUCAGGACGCUGUACGGGUUCGGAGUGAAAGGAGGAUGGGUGGCGGGAUACGUACUCAUCACAGAGAUCGUUGGGGUGGAGUUCAGACGGACGGUGGGAGUUAUUUACCAGAUGUUCUUCAGCGUUGGCAUCCUCAUCCUCCCUUUGCUCGCCUACUUCAUCACGGACUGGCGCUGUCUGCAGGUCGUCAUCACCGUCCCCUACAUUCUCUUCCUGUCCUACUAUUGGUUCAUCCCUGAAUCUCCAAGAUGGCUGCUGUCUCAGAACAGGAAGUCCAAAGCUGUGAAGAUCACCAAAGACAUGGCGAAGGAAAACGGGAAGACUCUGUCCAAGAUGAUAGAGACGCUGUCGGACGAUAACGCUGAUUCCUCCACCGCCUCCUUCAUGGACCUGAUCAGAACUCCAAAAAUGAGAAAACACACGCUUAUUCUCAGCUUCAACUGGUUCACCAGUGCAGUCGUCUACCAGGGUUUGAUCAUGCGGUUGGGAAUUCUGGGAGGAAACGUCUACAUCGACUUCCUGAUCUCCGGCCUGGUGGAGUUCCCUGCCGCCUUCCUCAUCCUCUUCACCAUCGAGCGAAUCGGCCGACGCCUCCCAUUCGCCACCGCCAACAUCGUGGCCGGCGCCUCCUGCUUCAUCACAGCCUUCAUUCCUGACAGUAUGUUCUGGUUUAAGACGGUGGUGGCCUGCGUCGGCCGGCUGGGGAUCACCAUGUCCUUUGAGAUGGUCGUCUUCGUAAACACUGAACUCUACCCAACAUUUGUCCGGAACUUUGGCGUGUCGGUUUGCUCCACUCUGUGUGACGUUGGGGGCAUCGUCGCUCCUUUCCUGCUCUACAGACUCGCUGUCAUCUGGCUUGAGCUCCCACUCAUCAUUUUUGGAUGCUUGGCCUUCGUGGCUGGUGGUUUAGUUCUCCUCCUUCCAGAAACCAGAGGUGUGCCGCUGCCUGACACCAUCAACGAUAUCGAGUUUCCUGAGAGGUGA